AUGAGUUCCUUCAGCUUUGAGCCGUACUACUCGACUUCCUACAAACGGCGCUAUGUGGAGACGCCCCGGGUGCACAUCUCCAGCGUGCGCAGCGGCUACAGCACCGCGCGCUCCGCUUACUCCAGCUACUCGGCGCCCGUCUCCUCCUCGCUGUCCGUGCGCCGCAGCUACUCCUCCAGCUCCGGCUCCUUGUUGCCCAGUCUCGAGAACCUCGACCUGAGCCAGGUAGCCGCCAUCAGCAACGACCUCAAGUCGAUCCGCACCCAGGAGAAGGCGCAGCUGCAGGACCUCAACGACCGCUUCGCUAGCUUCAUCGAGCGCGUGCACGAGCUGGAGCAGCAGAACAAGGUCCUGGAAGCCGAGCUGCUGGUGCUGCGCCAGAAGCACUCCGAGCCGUCCCGCUUCCGGGUGCUGUACGAGCAGGAGAUCCGCGACCUGCGCCUGGCGGCGGAAGACGCCACCAACGAGAAGCAGGCGCUGCAGGGCGAGCGCGAAGGGCUGGAGGAGACUCUGCGCAACCUGCAGGCGCGCUACGAAGAGGAGGUGCUGAGCCGUGAGGACGCAGAGGGCCGGCUGAUGGAAGCGCGCAAAGGGGCCGACGAAGCGGCUCUCGCCCGCGCCGAGCUCGAAAAGCGCAUCGACAGCCUGAUGGACGAAAUCGCUUUUCUGAAGAAAGUGCACGAAGAGGAGAUCGCCGAGCUGCAGGCGCAGAUCCAGUACGCGCAGAUCUCCGUGGAGAUGGAUGUGUCCUCCAAGCCCGACCUCUCCGCCGCGCUCAAGGACAUCCGCGCCCAGUAUGAGAAGCUGGCCGCCAAGAACAUGCAGAAUGCGGAAGAGUGGUUCAAGAGCCGCUUCACCGUGCUGACCGAGAGCGCCGCCAAGAACACCGAUGCGGUGCGCGCCGCCAAGGACGAGGUGUCCGAGAGCCGCCGCCUGCUAAAGGCCAAGACCCUGGAGAUCGAAGCAUGCCGGGGCAUGAACGAAGCGCUGGAGAAGCAGCUACAGGAGCUGGAGGACAAGCAGAACGCCGACAUUAGUGCUAUGCAGGACACAAUCAACAAAUUGGAAAAUGAAUUGAGGACCACAAAGGGGGAAAUGGCAAGAUACCUCAAGGAAUACCAAGACCUGCUCAAUGUGAAGAUGGCUUUGGACAUUGAGAUUGCAGCUUACAGGAAACUCUUGGAAGGUGAGGAGACCCGGCUCAGUUUCACCAGCGUGGGCAGCAUAACGAGCGGCUACUCCCAGAGCUCCCAGGUCUUUGGCCGAUCUGCCUAUGGUGGUUUACAGACCAGCUCCUACUUGAUGUCCGCCCGCUCCUUCCCAUCUUACUACACCAGCCACGUCCAGGAGGAGCAGAUCGAGGUGGAGGAGACCAUCGAGCCUGCGAAAGCUGAGGAAGCCAAGGAGCAGCCCCCCUCUGAAGGAGAAGCUGAGGCGGAGGAGAAGAAGGAAGAGGCUGAGGCAGAGGCGGAGGCUGAGGCUGAGGCGGAGGCUGAAGCCGAGGCUGAAGAGGAGGGAGCCCAAGAGGAAGAAGCUGCCAAGGAAGAAUCUGAGAAGGCAAAGGAGGAAGAAGAAGGAGGUGAAGGCAAAGAAGCAGAAGAAACCAAAGAAGCUGAGGAGGAGGAAAAAAAAGAUGAAGGUGCUGGGGAGGAACAAGCCACUAAGAAGAAAGAUUGAACCCCCUUUCCUUAACUAUUCCAGGAAUAAUUCUCCUGAAAUCAGGUCAAUCCCAUCACCAACCAACCAGUUGAGUUGCAGAUACUAUAUGAAUUAAGAAGUCAAUAUAUGUAUAAUUCUGAGAUGACUUAGGUUGGGCAUUAAAUGUUGUGCUAUGACUUUUCUCCUUCCGCAGAGUAUCUGUUUGCUUGCAGAGUGGCUUCCUGGCUUGCUGCCAGCCUGUGCAUGGUCCACGCUUAUGAGUUCAGGAUCUAUGGCAAUGUGAAUAAUUCAGAUGUUUACAAUAAAAAAGAAAAAACCCUGAAUAAAUGAAUUCACUAAUGUUAAUGUUAAACGUCAUGGAAAAAAUAUAGUCCUUUGAACCUUUGGUGGUUAGAAAUUAAAGGCCUUGAAUUAUGUGCUAUAAAUAGUAAAUAAAGUUACACUGAAUGACAUUCCUUGCUGUGGUUGUUGACUUAAUUCGAAUAUCUUAAAGAAGGCACCAAUAUAAGACACACAGAAGUGGGCUAUUGACCUCCAAAUUUUUUUAAGUCAAAAUUUUAACAAUUACAAUGCAUUUCCCCCCCUUAAUUGGUAAU